UGUUCUCAUUCUUCUUAUCUCACUAAAUAUCUUGUGAACAACUGAUUAAAUUUCCUAUCACAAUGGCUUAUGGGCUAUUUUGGUAGCUGAUUUUGCUUAAUUAACUUGCAUAUCCUGAGUAGUAAAAACAUAAUGAAACUCCAAGCUCUACUCUCAAGUAUUGCCAUUUUUCUCCCCUUGCUUGCAAUUCUUCCUCACAUUAUUGCUAAUCUUGAAUCUGAUAGACAAGCUCUACUUCAAUUUGCAGCAUCUGUGCCACAUCUUAGAAAACUCAACUGGAACUUUGCUGUACCAAUUUGCAAAUCUUGGAUUGGUAUCACUUGCAACAAAGAUGGAACCAGAGUUAUUGCAAUCCAUUUGCCUGGUGUUGGACUUUAUGGACAUAUCCCAGCCAAUAGUAUAGGAAAACUAGAUGCUCUCAAAGUCCUUAGCCUAAGAGCAAACAAUCUAAAUGGAAAUGUUCCUUCUGAUAUCCUUUCAAUCCCUUCUCUCCAGUCCAUCUACCUUCAACACAAUAAUUUCUCUGGUGAUAUUCCUAUUUUUUUAUCACCUAAACUUGGUCUAAUGGAUCUCUCCUUUAACUCUUUUACUGGAGAAAUUCCCCCUUCAAUCACGAAUUUGACUAGACUGUCUGUGUUAAACCUACAGUUCAAUUCAUUGUCUGGAACAAUUCCCAAUAUUGAUGCCUCAAGGUUAAGUCUUUUGAAUUUGAGUUAUAACAUGCUAAAUGGCUCAGUUCCAUAUUCCCUCAAGAAGUUUCCACUUUCUUCUUUUGUGGGAAACUCUAAUUUAUGUGGGACGCCUCUCAAUAGCUGUUCUUCAAGUUCUGCACCACCCCCUGCAAUCUAUGAAAAGCAUAAAGGUGCCAACUUUAAGAAACUUAGUACUGGAACUAUCAUUGAAAUUGCAAUAGGUGUUCCCUCUGUGAUUUUUCUCCUGUUUUUAUUGAUUUCCUUCUGCUAUUUGAAUAUGAAAGUUAGUAAUAAAACAAGCAUAGUUGAAGAGAAAAUGGAAAAUGGGGGAAGGAAUGAGAAGUCAGAGGAGUUUGGGAGUGGGGUGCAAGAUUCUGAAAAGAACAAAUUGAUGUUCUUUAAAGGGUGUACUUACAACUUUGAUCUGGAGGAUCUGCUAAGUGCUUCUACUGAUGUUCUUGGUAAAGGGAGUUAUGGAACUGCUUACAGAGUUGUCUUAGAUGAGGUAACAAUAGUAGUGGUGAAAAGGUUGAAGGAAGUGGGAGUUGCUAAAAAGGAGUUUGAACAGAAUAUGGAGAUUGUGGGAAGGGUUAAAAGACACCCUAAUAUAGUGCCACUGCUUGCAUAUUAUUACUCCAAAGAUGAGAAACUUCUUGUUUAUGAAUACAAGCCUGCUGGUUACUUGUCAUCAGCCUUGCACGGUAAUAGAGGCUUUGGAAGAAUUCCAUUAGAUUGGGACGCUAGAUUGAAGAUCUCUCUAGGAGCAGCAAAAGGAAUUUCACAUAUCCACUCUGACGGUGGAUUUAAGUUUAUUCAUGGAAACAUCAAGUCAUCCAAUGUACUUCUUACAAAGGAGCUCGACGGUUGCAUUUCUGAUUUUGGUUUAACCACUCUAACAAAUUACGUAUCCAUCAAGUAUAAGGGUGCUGGUUACUGCGCUCCAGAAGUGAUUGAAACGCGAAAAGGCACACAAAAAUCUGAUGUUUACAGCUUUGGAGUAUUGCUUCUUGAGUUGCUCACUGGAAAAUCCCCUCUUCCAAUGUUAGGGCACGAUUACAUAGUCGAUUUGCCAAGGUGGGUUCGUUCUGUUGUUAGAGAGGAAUGGACGGCUGAAGUUUUCGAUGUAGAGCUGAUGAAGUACCAGAAUAUUCAAGAAGAGAUGGUGCAGAUGCUUCAGAUUGCACUUUCAUGUGUAACAAAGGUGCCUGAUAUGAGGCCUACAAUGGAUGAAGUGAUUAGAAUGAUUGAAGAAAUUAGGCAACCAGAAUGAACCGUAAGUAUCGGAAAUUUAUAAGUGCCUAGUUUGUCUAGAUGAAACUCCAA